AUGGAGUUCCCAGCUCGCACGGCCUCCGCGCCGGACGCUCCCCAGCGAGCUGCCCGGUCUCCGGGAGCGAGGCCACCGGAUCGGAAAGCCACGCUCGCUCCGGAUCGAACGGCGAGUUCCUUCGCAGCGUUCCUGGUAAUCUUCCUCGGUCGGUGCCGUGAAAACAGGAGGUUUAGAGCGCGGAACCGUCGGCGCACGACAUGCCAAGUGAGCAAAGUGAACAACAUCAGCUCCGAGGAAUUAGGGCAGCUUCCUCCCUACUGUGGGCUUGUACGCUCUGAAGAGUUGGAGGUUCUCAUCAUAGGUGUUGCGCACUUCGAUGGGGGCAUAUCUGGGCAGUCUGCUCGCAAGAUGAUUCAAGACUUCCGCCCGAAGCUUUGCUUGGUGGAGCUGGAUCAGCAGCGCUUCUCGCGGCUGCUGGCUUCGCGACGUGGCUUGCCUUGGCCCUACCUACCCCUACGAGGCGCAAAGUAUCAGCCCAGUCCGGUGGUACAGAAGAUGCGAGAGGUCCUGUUCUCUGGAUUGGAGCUUGCACAAAACAUUGUGGGCAAUAAGGAGACCGGUGGCGGAGACGAGUUUUACGAGGCCUUCCUGGCCGCCGAGUCGCAGGGUGCCAUCGUGGUGCCGGGGGAUUUGCAAAUCACCAACGCUUUGGACAGUUUGGUGCAGGCGAUUCGUCAGGGCUUCACACAGCCUUUCCAGCACAUUGCAGCUGGAAGCACUGCUUUUUUCCGCGCUUUGGGAGGCUUUAUCCGGCCAGCUUACGGCGGCCAUGCAGCGAAUGCCACAGGCAUAGCAAUGCCUAUGGCGCUCUUGGCGGAUGGUGGUUGGCGUGCUCUUCCUUUGGCGCGAGCCACAGCAGUAGGCUUUGUCGUGGUGAACGCUUUGUCCUUUCUCAUCGGAGGAAAUGGCAUGGAGACGAACAUUGAAGGGCUUCAGCGCAUGGAUUUGCAAGGUCUCGCAGAUGUGGCCAUUGCCCUCUUUGGUCUUGUCGUUGCGCUGAUCAUGGGAAGCUCCUACAUGCUAUCUUUCUUGGAGUCCAGAGACUUGCAUAUGGCUGCAAGGCUUUUGCAAGUGGCUGACCUGAUGGAGAACCAGAAGGUGAGCGGAUUGGUCCAUUGCAGGUGGCUCAAGAGCUCUUGGGCAGCAACGGCUGCCGAGCCCAAGCCGGACGGCACGCAAGUCUUGCCGCCCGAGGUCCUCGCACAGGCUGAGCAGGCCGAGCAGCUUGAGCAAGCUCUGAGAGUGCCCCGGCCCCCACCAGACGAGGUGAGGAACUUCAGCCUCUUUGAGCCACGAUUCUUGCGGCUCUUUGACCAACUGAAGGAUGCAGAGAUCAAGGGUGGUGUGGCUGAUGAUGAGGAUGUGAAGGGUGAGGAGUCUGAGGGUGAGGAGUCUGAGAUGGAAGAUGUUGAGGAUGAGGGGAGACUAGGGGACUGGCUCGAAGCAGCUGUCUUCAAGCAUCCAAAGUUCAAGCAGAUGUCCUUUGACUUUGAUGACCUUGGUCAGUCUCUGCAGAGGCUUGAAAAACAUUGUGAUGAUAUCGAGCAGCAGUUGCAGGAGAAGAAGGCAGAGAUUGAACAGAAAGAUCGCAUGAUUGCUCAUUUGUCCGCCCAGGUAGCCCAGUUGCAGGGUGCAAAGUGA